AUGGAGCUUCUUAACGUUGCUCGAGUUUGGUACAUGUUCUUCAACGUUUUCGUCAUAGUUCUUUCUCUUAUGCUCUUAAAGCUUUUUCUGCGUUGCUGGAUAUUGCCGGUUCGAGCUCAGAAAAAGCUUAGAGAAAACGGAUUUGACGGUCCACCUCCUAGUUUUCCAUUAGGAAACCUUAAUGACAUGAAGAAACUAAAGAAGGCCUUGGUAAUGGUGGAGAAAAGCAAAACUUCCACCAUAAUCAACCAUGACAUACAUUCCAUUGCACUUCCACAUUUCGCUUGGUGGCAACAACAAUACGGGAAAGUGUUUGUGUACUGGCUAGGGAUAGAGCCGUUCGUAUAUGUGGCGGAUCCAGAAUUCUUGAGUGUUAUGUCGAAAGGUGUAUUGGGGAAGAGUUGGGGAAAACCAAAUGUUUUCAAGAAAGACAGAGAGCCAAUGUUCGGUACCGGUCUGGUUAUGGUCGAAGGCGAUGAUUGGACUCGCCAUCGCCACAUCAUCACUCCUGCAUUUUCCCCUCUUAAUCUUAAGGCUAUGGCAAACAUGAUGGUGGAAUCCACCUCCAACAUGUUGGACCGAUGGGACAUAGAGAUAAACUCGGGCAAUGCCGAGUUCGACAUGGAGAGGGAGAUCAUAGGAACAGCCGGUGAAAUAAUCGCCAAGACAAGCUUCGGAGUCAGAGGAGCAAACGGAACUCAAGUCCUAAAAAACCUCAGAGCGGUGCAAUUCGCUCUCUUCAACUCAAACCGCUACGUAGGCGUACCAUUCAGCAACAUUUUGGGUUUCAAGCAAAACCAUCAAGUGAGAGAGUUAGGCCGAGAGAUCGACAGUCUCCUUUUGUCGAUCAUAGAAGAGCGGAAGAGAUCUUUCGUCGAAGGAGACGACCACCAUGAUCUUCUCGGAAUGUUGCUUAAGGCCGAUAAAGAUAAGUUUACAGCGAGGGAGCUCGUGGACGAAUGUAAAACCUUCUUUUUCGCAGGCCACGAGACAACGGCUUUAGCGCUGACGUGGACGUUUAUGCUUCUUGCGAUUCAUCCCGAGUGGCAAGACACGAUCAGAAACGAGAUCAGACAAGUCAUCGGAGAUUCCCAGAUUGAAUAUAACAAACUUGCCGGACUAAAGAAGAUGGGUUGGGUGAUGAACGAGGUUCUCCGGCUAUAUCCUCCGGCGCCUAACGCACAACGGCAAGCACGGAGAGACAUUGAAGUAAACGGUCGAGUGAUUCCAAACGGAGCAAACAUUUGGAUCGACGUGGUGGCGAUGCACCACGACGUCGAAUUGUGGGGAGACGACGUUAACGAGUUUAAGCCCGAGAGAUUCGACGGCAGUUUGUACGGUGGUUGUAAGAAUAAAAUGGGUUUUAUGCCGUUUGGAUUUGGAGGGAGAAUGUGUAUCGGUCGGAACUUGACCGCCAUGGAGUAUAAAAUAGUUUUGUCGUUGGUUUUGUCCCGGUUCGAGAUCUCGGUUUCUCCCGGUUAUCGACAUUCGCCUACGUAUAUGCUUUCUCUUAGACCCGGUUACGGUUUGCCUCUAAUUGUACGACCACUUUAG